GAUAUAACUGGGCAGCCGGUUGAUGCUUGUCUUGUCCCAGACUUUUGUGAUGAAGGUGAAGAACCAGUCUUCAUUUUUCCAGAGGGCAAGGCGAAAGUACGUUGCAGGCCCUGCAAAAAUGUUGAAAAAGUUUUUAAUUCAAGGCGUAGGAGGACAGAUUCAUUCUCAGAGUGCUUUGAGUCUAGAAUACCUUGCAAGUCAUACCUUGGCGAGAUUGAAUGUAACAAACCAACAGGAAAAGAAAUUUAUUAUACACAGACAAACUGCUCAUGUAACCUGACAGGAGGAUUCAUUCCAGAUUCUACAGAUGGACCUUAUUGCUCUGAAAAUAUAAAAUGUUUGUACAGGCCUUGUGAAAACUCUGCUGAUGGAAAAAAACAAGAAAGACUUUCUGAUUUUACGUGCCGGUCAGUUUGUGAUAAAGGCUUUGAGAGGAUUGAUGACUCCGUGGAAUGUCUUCCCAUACCAGAUAAAAGAGAAGUGAAUGUCACAGAUACUACCAUUUCAACCAAAGCAGUGCAGACAACAGUGAUGAUACCAACUACUAAAUCAUCCAGAUUACCUCAACCAUCAACUCCAAGCAUCACAGAGAAAGGUUCGCCAGAUAGAACUCUUACUUACGUUGGAUAUGGCCUAGGAGGUUUUGCACUAAUUCUCUGUAUAGUAGGAAUAGUUUGUUGCUGUAAAGGAGGACAAAGAAAUGAGCAAGCUUGUCACUGUUGUAACAUUAAUUGUUGUCAUCGUGGUGAUUCAGCAAUACAUGGCAGUGGCACCAGACCAAAUCGAAGAGCACGACAGGAUACUGGAGGUGAUGAAGGCUAUCCUAUGCUUAGCCGAGGUGGUGCAAACCAACAUUGUCAUAGUUCGUCAGGGAAUGGCGUCGCAAGCCCAAGUUUACGCGUCGCCAUCAACUCCAAUGGGUCUGCACCAUCUAGCCAGCCAGUUAUGGGAAACAGCACAGUUGAAAGAAGAUCUAGCACAGGCAGUCAAAAUAGCCAAAGCACAAGUGCACCAGUUGACAUCAACAGGAGUGAACCUGCACCACCUAGCCAGCCAGUUAAGGGAAUCAAGUCAAAUGAAAGAAGAACUAGCGAAGGCAGCAAAAAUAGCCAUAGUAAGAGCACAAGUGCACCAGUUGACAACAGGAGUGAGCCUGUACCAUCUAGCCAGCCAGUUAGGGGAAUGAAGUCAAAUGAAAGAACUAGCACAGGCAGCCAAAAUAACCAAAGCACAAGUGCAUGUGCUGAUAUCCACUCUAGUAAACCUGCACCAUGUAGCCAGUCAGUUAGGGAAAACAACUCAAAUGAAAGAAUAUCUAGCAUAGUCAGUCAAAAUAGCCAAAGCACAAGUGCAUGUGCUGACAUCAACUCUAGUGAACCUGUACCAUCUAGGCAGUCAGUUAGGGAAAACAACUCAAGUGAAUUAAUAUCUAGCAUAGGCUGUCAAAAUAGCGAAAGCACAAGUGCACCAGUUGACAUCAAAUCUAGUGACCCUGCAACAUCUAGCCAGACAGUUCGGGAAAACAUUUCAAAUGAAAGAAUAUCUAGCACAGGCAGUCAAAAUAGCCAAAGUGAGGACACAAAUUCACGCAUUGACAUCAACUCUAGUGAGCAUGCACCAUCUAACAAGCCAGUUAGGGAAAACAACUGGAAUGAAAGGAUAUCUAGCACAGGCACAAGUGCACCAGUUGAUAUCGGCUGUAGUGGCCCUGUUCGAUCUGGUCAGCCAGUUGUGGGAAACAGCUCAAAAGAAAGAAGAUCUAGCACAGGCAGUCAAAAUAGUCAAAGCACAAGUGCACCAGUUGACAUCAAAACUAGUGACCCUGCAACAUCUAGCCAGACAGUUCGGGAAAACAUUUCAAAUGAAAGAAUAUCUAGCACAGGCAGUCAAAAUAGCCAAAGUGAGGGCACAAGUGCACCAGUUGAUAUCGGCUGUAGUGGCCCUGUUCGAUCUGGCCAGCCAGUUGUGGGAAACAGCUCAAAAGAAAGAAGAUCUAGCACAGGCAGUCAAAAUAGUCAAAACACAAAUUCACGCAUUGACAUCAACUCUAGUGAGCAUGCACCAUCUAACAAGCCAGUUAGGGAAAACAACUGGAAUGAAAGGAUAUCUAGCACAGGCACAAGUGCACCAGUUGAUAUCAGCUCUAGUGACCCUGUUCGAUCUGGCCAGCCAGUUGUGGGAAACAGCUCAAAAGAAAGAAGAUCUAGCACAGGCAGUCAAAAUAGUCAAAGCACAAGUGCACCAGUUGACAUCAAAUCUAGUGACCCUGCAACAUCUAGCCAGACAGAUCGGGAAAACAUUUCAAAUGAAAGAAUAUCUAGCACAGGCAGUCAAAAUAGCCAGAGUGAGGACACAAAUUCACGCAUUGACAUCAACUCUAGUGAGCAUGCACCAUCUAACAAGCCAGUUAGGGAAAACAACUGGAAUGAAAGGAUAUCUAGCACAGGCACAAGUGCACCAGUUGAUAUCAGCUCUAGUGACCCUGUUCGAUCUGGCCAGCCAGUUGUGGGAAACAGCUCAAAAGAAAGAAGAUCUAGGACAGGCAGUCAAGAUAGUCAAAGCACAAGUGCACCAGUUGACAUCAACAGGAGUGAGCCUGCACCAUCUAGCCAGCCUGUUAGGGGAAUCAGGUCAAAUGAAAGAAGAACUAGCACAGGCAGCCAAAAUAGCCAGAGCGCAAGUGCAUGUGCUGACUUCAACUCAAAUGAAUCUGUACGAUCUAGCCAGUCAGUUAGGGAAAACAACUCAAAUGAAAGAAUAUCUAGCAUAGGCAGUCCAAGUAGCCAAAGAAAAGUGAGAAUAGAUCUUGGAGACAAAUUAAAACAAACUAAUCUUCAAGAAAGAGAGGUAAGCCGUACAGCAUUGCAUAGUCAGACUUCAAUACUUCAUAAAGAAAUGGAUGCAGAGAAUAUAUAUUUAAAGCUAAAGGAGAAACAUGUGUUUCAAUAUACUGACUUGAGAAAUAUAAAGGAAACACAACUAACCACCAAAAAAAAUGAGAUGAUACUUGAAUACAUGACAAGAUAUAUAUCACACACUGGUAACAAAUACAAAUUAUUCAAAGAGUGUCUGGAUGAUAUUGGUCAGAGUUGGUUGGUGGACAAUUUGGAGAAGUCAGAGGAUACAAUCAUAGAAGAGAGUGCAGUUGACAUGUCAGUUGGCGAAGGCGUUGAACAGGCCAUACAUGAGGUUUCAGAUGACAACACUGAGCCUGAAGAAAUAAGUUGAUGAAGGUUUUUAUAGAUCAACUUUUUAGCUCACUUGGGGAUACCUAUCUAUUCAUUGGAGGUCUGUUUAUCUCUCAAACAAGAGGAUGUGAUAGUUAAUAUUGCAAUGUUAAUUGUAGCUAAAGUGGAUGUUGGCCUACUGAAAAAGAACAUGGACAAUAAUUAUGGGAGUUCGUACUGAAGAAAGUGUUCAUAAACUGCAGAUAUUUACAGUUUGUAAAGUUUCUUUCUGGGACCAGUGAAUCUGUAUGUAAUUGUAUUAUAACUACCAAUGAAUAACAAUGAUCUCAAAUCUGUGGCAUAUCUAAGUAUUAGGAAUCUGUAGAUGGAACAUAUGAAUAUAUGAAUGCAGUAAACAGAAAAAUCAUCAAGAGGAAGAAAGAUGUAAAAGACGCCUGUUGAAGUAAAUCAUGAUUAUCAGUUUAUUGUAAUAAUGUUACACAAUACAAAGCAUACUGUGAUUUUGCUAAUCAAAUGCUCAGUGUAGUCUUAUAUUUAUACUAAAAUAAAUACAUUCCAUUUAUUCAUAUAGAUAUAAUAUUUAUGUGUUCUAUAGAGCCUUUGUAAGUAGAUACUGCUUGAUAUACUGGGUUCUCAAGUCAGAUAUACUACUGUUAGUUAUAUACCAUUCUACAGGUGAGAUUUUAAUAAUGUUCCAAACUUUUAAGAUAUUUUAAUCAUGUUACAUUAUGUGGAAAAUCCUUGUAUAAUUUCAAAACAAAACAAAAAUAAUUUUAUAUGAUAAAAUUAAUUGUACUGAAGUAUUUUGUUAUAAUGCUAAGAGAUUCUGAAAUUUUCAUACAGAUCCAGUGGUAAAUAAAAUGAAGUUUAUGAUUUUUAUGCUCCCCAAAUGGGGAAGCAUAUAUUAUCUUACAUCCAUCAGUCUGGCAAUAGAAUAACUAUUGAUUAUUUAGCAUUAGUAAACCAUAAUGCCAUCUUUGUCAUGCCUGCAAUCUUCAAUCCCAGGAGGAGAUGCACAUAUCUUAUGUAUGCUUUUUCACAACAGCUACUUGCUGAGUUUUAAGAAACUUUUUUGGAAGCUUCUCUGCUAUGGUGAGAUAUGUGCCCAGUUGAUGAAUUCCACUUUUAUUCUUUCAUGAUGCAAUAAUCAUACUUUGGGAGCAUCCAUCAGUUUUACUUAUAUUUUUAUUUCAAUUUUUUAUGUUCCAAAAUAAUUGUUCAAUCCAAAAUUAUUUUAUGAUAUGUUUAAUACUGCUUGGAUUUCAUUAAAAAAAGUUCCUAUCACCACCCUAACAGUUUAUUUAUCUAAAGUGUUGUCUUAUAUUUAGAGAGAAAAAAACAUCUUAUUACACAACAGAAGAUUUAAACUGGUAAACAAAAUGAUAAAUUAUUAGUCCAACAAGCAGUUGCAAACUUGUUACAUGUAUGAAAUUUUAUGAUAUUAGCUUGUUAGUAUUGGUUGUGCCACAGUUUGCUCAAUCAUAGUCAUAAUUGUUAUUUUUAUCCAUAAAGGUUUAUGAUGAAAAAUUCCUUACUUGUGAUUUCAUCCUCAAAUUAUUUAUCCUCUACUUGUUAUAAUUCAGUUUUGAUGACUGUAAAAUUGUGCUUUUCCAUCAUUCUGUCAUUUAAUUUUUCUGCCAUUCUGUUCAUCUAAACUUGUGUCCAGUCCAUAGCUCUGCCAUCCAUCAACAUAUUUGAAUAUUACUUGGUACAAAUGUAUCCCAUGAUAAGACAAUGUGUCUUAUACAGUAUCCAGACCCAUAGCUCAAAGGUCAAGGUCUCACAAGUUUUCUCCUGUCUGGUAUGUAACUCCUCUUACUUGGCACACAUUUUCCCCUGAAUGAGAUGAUGUGUCAUGCACAACUUCCAGACCCCUACCUUAAAAGUCAAGGUCAUGCUUCGAGGUCAAAGGUUUACAUGGUAUUAACAGACCCUGUUAACUUUUUACCUCCAGUGUGACCCCAUCUUUCAGCCUUGACUCUGGUGUUGUCUUGUCAAUUUAAAGUUAACAGGGUCUGUUUUUGUCCUCUCCAUCUUUUGUCUGUCAAGGGAUUUUGAUAUUACUUAGCACAGAUGUAUAACGAGGUAAUGUGUUACAUGCAGUACCAAGUACUCUAGAUUCAAGGUCAAGGUCACAUUUAAGAAUCAAAGAAUUUAUGUCAUUUUUUUUCCAGUCUGUUACGUUUUAUAAAAUUAUGCACUAAUAUAAAUAACUAGGCAUAAACAUUCAACAUAGCAAGCUGCUAUGUCAUAAGGACCCACUUAAGAAAGUUGUUGGUGUAUUAUCUUCAGAAUCAUUUCAUUUUAAUACCAUGAAGUAUUCCUUACAUUUUUCUCUAUUUUCCAAGCAUGUUUAAGUCAAAUUAACACCUGUAGAUUUUCAAAUUCUUAAAUUCAAACUCAAAACAUUUUUCAUUAUGACAUAUUGUGUAUAUAGUACAGUAUAAUGAGUUGCAUGUUAUUUCUUUAUUCACUUGUUACAUAAGCAUUGGAAUAAGUGCCAUAAUAAAAAUAGCAUAAUAAUUUAGCAAUAAUUAAAACUUAGUUUAUAUUUUUCAUCUGAUUUUUACACAUCAUUUGGAUACACGGGAUGUAUUAUGUGAUGAUGUGUGCAUCAGCCCGUCCAUAUGUCUCUCUGUCAUUAUUUGUGUCUGGACCAUGACUUUAUAACCAUAAAUGAUAUUGACUUUAAACUUGGCAUAUAGGUAGAUGGCAAUAAGCCAAUGCACAGAGCACUUACACCAGUUCUUUAAGUCAACGGUCAAGGUCACAAAAUUGAGCUAAAAGGGCGAAACUGUUAGUCAUAUUUUGUACACAGAGCAUUAAAUCACCAUGCAUGGUAUUGACUUCAUACUUGGCAUAUACAUAGGUGGUGAUGAGACAGUAUGCAGAGCACAUGAAAUGGGUCUGUAGGUUGCAAGUCAAAGUCAUAAAUAUUGCACUACUUGGCAGAGCUCUUUUUCCUGUUAUAAUGGCAGCCAAAUUUUGCUCAUGUUUUUAGAAAGAAAAUUCAUUUGUUUGUAAUUAUAAAGUGAAAACAGUGUGAUUCAGAGUGCCCUAUGUGGUAUUUAAAUCAUAAAAACAAUUGUGUAAUCUGUAAAAACCUCUGCAAUAUCUUUGGUAUGCAGUAAGAGAGGAUAUUUGUUUGUUUACAAUUAAGAUUGAAAAAAAAUUUAUGAGUGAACACCAGAUGCAAUAUGUCUAGCCACAAGUGGAAAUGUAAAAUGUGAUGUUAAUGCGUGAAAUAUAUAUUAAUUUUACAUGUAAAACAAACAAAUUUUCUUUUUAUUUCAUGUUUUUACCAAAUUUACCCAUUUUAUAGUUUCUUACAAGUGAAAAAUAUCAAAUAUAUUUUUCUCAGUGAAAAUACCAGAUAUUUCACUCUAAUAUUUCAAUAAUUUACUACAAAGCAUGCAACAAAAAAUUAUUUAUCAUUAUAGGAGUAAUUAAUCUGUACUUUUUUUAUACUUAUAAAAUAUCAUCUGAAAGUAUAUUUUCUUAUGGUUGUACAAUUUUUAGAUAUAUUCUUUAUUGAAACUUUGAUAUUGUAAGUGGCUACAGCUUUUGCGUUAUAACUUACUAUAUUAUGUUUGAUAUUUUUAUUAAACCAGGUUGUAUUUGUUCACUCACUCUUAGUAGUCUUUAAAGGAUUAGAAGAAUAGUACGAGUUAUUUCACUCUCUUGGGCACUGGCAGCAGUGGUGACAGUAUCACACCUUGGUUUAAUAAAGUUUUUUGUAAGUUAAUAUCUCAUUUACCAUUGCACGUGUUAGAUUGAAACUUUACACAAGGCUUCUUAGUCAUCAGACAUACUGAAAUAACUGAGUUAGAUAUUUUGGCUCAAUUUAAUUCAAAUUAUGGCCCUUUUUUUACAUAGAAAAUUUGGUUAAAGUUUUUUUGUGCAACUAUUAAGCUGUCGGCUUCCGUCCAUAUAAGAAGAUGAUGGGUUGCGCCAGGACGAACUUGAGCUAGAGCAGCAUCUGCGAUGACUGUAGAGGCCAAUCCUAGUAUGAAAAUUUGGUUAAGUUUUGCAUGUUAGUUGUUAUCAUUGCCUUAACAAAAUUUAAAUUUGUUACCAGUCUUUUUAGCUCACCUGAGCCAAAGGCUCAUGGUAAGCUUUUGUGACUGCUCAAUGUCCGUCAUGUGUCGUGUGUCCGUCAACAUUUUCUAAAAAAAUCUUCUUCUUGAAAACCACUUGGCACAAUUACACCAAACUUCACAGGAAUGAUCUUUGGGUGGCCCCCUUUCAAAAUUGUUCAAAGAAUUGAAUUCCAUGCAGAACUCUUGUUGCCAUGGCAACCGAAAGGAAAAACUUUAAAAGUCUUCUUGUCCAAAACUACAGGGCCUAGGGCUUUCAUAUCUGGUGUGUAGCAUCAUCUAGUGGUCCUCUACCAAAAUUAUUCAAAUUAUCCCCCUAGGGUCAAAUAUGGCCCCGCCCCGGGGGUCACAUGGUUUAUAUAGACUUACAUAGGGAAAACUUUGAAAAUUUUCUUGCACAAAACCACAAGGCCUAGGGCUUUGAUAUUUGGUUUGUAGCAUCAUCUAGUGGUCCUCUACCAAGAUUAUUCAAAUUAUCCCCCUAGGGUCAAAUAUGGCCCGCCCCGGGGGUCCCAAGUUUUACAUAGACUUAUAUAGGAAAAAAAGUUUAAAAAUCGUCUUGUCUGAAACCACAACACUUAGACCUUUGAUAUUUGGUUUGUAGCAUUGUCUUAUGGUCCUCAACCAAAAUUGUUCAAAUUAUACCCCUGGGGUGAAAAGAGGCCCUGCCCUGGGGGUCCCAAGUUUCAUAUAGACUUAUAUAGGAAAAAACUUUAAAAAUCUUCUUGUAUGAAAUCGUACGACCUAGGCUUUUGGUAUUUGGUAUGAUGCAUUGUCUAGUAGUCCUCUACCAAAAUUAUUCAAAUUAUGCCUCUGGGGUUAAAAGAGGCCCUGGGGUCAUUUAGUUAUUAUGUGAGUUAUAUAGGAAAAAAUACUUAAAAAAUCACUUGAUCCUAUUUCCAAGACUGUUUAAUUAUCAUUACCUGAUGACCCAAAGUAAUAUGAUGUCACUUGACUGUGACCUUGACCUACUGACCUACUUUCUUGUUUUUAAAGAUACAGCCUUGAAAUUUUGAAGAUAUACACAGUUUUGCACACCAAUUGUAAAACUGAAUUUCAUUGACCAUGAAUGUGACCUACUGACUUUCUUAAUAUUUUAUCAUCAGUUUGACAUUUGAAACAUGUAGCUCAUAUUACUCAGGUGAGCGAUCCAGGGUCAUCAUGACCCUCUUGUUUAAAAUGUUGAACAAAUUUUGUUAUACUGCUGUGUUUUGUUAUUUAAUAAUUUAGAUAACCCUAUGUUGUAUAUUUCUAAGAGUAAUUACUUGAUAAAGGUUAAAUAUAUAUAUACAUAACGGAAAAAAGAUGAAUUAAGAUAUAUAAUGUAAACCAUGGCCUUCAGAGGGUGUGGUCACUUUUUCCUACAUGUAUAAGGUGAAAACUUAAAAAAUCUUAUAUGAAACUACUGGCCAAGUUCUAAAAUAAUUUCAUACAAAUGGUCUCUAUACCAAAACCUGUUCAAAUUAUUUUUGAUUCUUCAAAAAAAAAUGGCUGUCAGGGGCGUAGUCACUUUUUCCUGUGUUUAUAUAUUGGAAACUUUAAAAAUCUUAUUGUCACAAACUGAUUGCUCAAUUGUAAAGUAAGUUUACACAAAUGUUUCUUGGAUGACCCUUUACAAAGAUUAUACAAGUUACUGUGUUUUGUCAAAAAACAUGGCCAUCAGGAUGCUUGCAGUGGAAAAUCUUCUUGUUUGAUAUUAUCCCAUAGUAUCCUAUGUCAUCAUUGUUCAAGUAUGACGUGUAACUCUAGGACCAUCUUGUUUAAUAAUAUAAUAACAAUGAGUUAUAAAAAUAAAAAGUGAUUACUUCUUUGAUAAUACUAAAUAUGUUACCUUUGAGAUUUGUCAGAAAUUAUUAUUUUCAUACCCUUAAAGAAUGCCACUGUUUGCUUUCAUGUUGUAAAUAAGAGUAAAAGAAGUAUAAGAAAACAACACAUUAUCAAUAGAACACUAUUACUAAAUGCACUGAGAAGAUAUAUUUAAUAGGAGUGGAGCUAGGAACAUCUCCCAUGCACCCCCUAGACAUUUUUUCAUGGUAACCAAAUUGUUUGGCAAGACCAAUCCUGUCGAAAUAUAAAAUGUUCCCAUGAAAAACUCUUUUAAACUAGAAAGCUAUAUAUAUAAUUUCACUGUUUCCAUGGCGACCAAUCACUUAGGAAACCAUAGUAGACCUCUGGCAUGCUAGAAUGGGCAGCAGGUAAAAGAGUGAGAUUUGGUGCCAGUAAACUAGUUUAAACUCCCGGUGUUUUUGGGUUGUUUUUGCCACUGAACAUUCCAAGGUGGAACCCAGUACUGUGGUCUUUCUUAUUUUUGUCUGUUUGUUACUUCUGUGUUAUUGUUACAAUUUGUCUGUGUUAAUGUGUACAUUUGCUUAGUCACUUUUUAUGUUAUACAGUUACAUAUACCCAUAUUUCCAUGUGGAUUUUUUAGUGGAAAAGACAUUAGCAUCUAGAUUAAUAAGUAAACAAUUCAUUAUCAUAAAAAGUUCCAUUAUUUUAUAUUAAGUCAUUAAGUAGCUGUAUUAGUUUCACCUUGUUUGUUUAAUAACCUAUAGAUAGUAAGUGAUGCUAUAGUGUCAACUUUGGAGUUUUGAUAUUUUAUUUACAAGACUGUUUACUUUUGGAUAAAACACCAUCUAAUGUAGUUUUGAAACUUGUGCCCAACUGCUAGACAGUCACUGUUUUAUACGUGUAACUUCAUCCUAUCCUAAGUAAGUUUUUGUAUUUUGUAUAUUAGUAAUUGUUGCAUUUUGUUGGGCAUUGCAUAACAGCAUUAAGUGAAAGCAUAUCCUUGCUGUAAAUUAUCUGUGAUUUCUGAUUUUAUUCAGAGUAGUUUUCAAUAUGCUUUAUGUUAUUUUGUUAUGCAGUAUGGACAGAUAUACCGUGAAAGCAUUUCAGUUUCAUGAGCAUAAAAUUUCGUGGUUUUGGCAAAAAAUAGCAAUUUCACAGGGAUAGGAAUUUAUGAACUUUUGAAGAUGAACAAAACAGGAAUUUUAUAGAAUGGGAAUUUUAUAUGUUCGUUGUGAUUUUUUUUUCAUAUUGAUUGAUGCAGCCAGGAAAUCAACAGAAAUAAGUUCCCACGAAUAUUAAUGGCACUGACCUCUAGAUCAUAUGACAUAAAAAGAUGGUAUUUGUAUAUCGGAAAAUUAUUGCUAUAUUUCUUAAGAAGGCUUUGAAACUUAGUGACUGACAGAUUUUAUAUUAUGGAAACACAUAAGAAUUGGUCAUUUUCACUAAUUUUUCUGUUCAAAAUUGAAAAGCACUUGUAACAGGGUACCGGAGAUAAACUGCCUUAAAUAUAAAGCUUGAUAUUUAAUGACCAUAAAAAACUUAAUCCUCUGUGAUGUAUGGGUCUAGAACACAGGAAAAAUUUUAUUGCUGAAGGGGCUUGGAUAAAUUCUGACUUGUGCAUAUUUUGCAUUUUAAAGAAAAUAAUUAAUUUUCAUCGAGCUACAGCAGGGAAGAGUUUUAAAGAUAUAUAUUCACCAUAGAAUUAAAUUAUGAUAUUGUCAUUAUUGUACAGUGUAAAGUAAAAAAAAAUUAGAAUCAACAACUUUAGUAUCUCCUAUUCAUUGUUAAAUCUUGUUUUAAGAAUAAAAUAUCUAAGCAUGCAUUUCAUAUGAAAUAAGAAUCAAAAUUCACAAUUUUAGGCUCUUCUUCAUGAAACUUACCAUUAUUGUUAGGUUAAAUCAUAAAAUUCCCUCUUUUGCCAAAAUGAUACUGUCGUCUCAAACAAAAACCCAUCAUUUGCUAAAACAAUGUCCAUCAUAUGCCAAAACAUCACCCACCACUUGAAAAGAACAACUCGUAAUUCUGAACAGAAUUUCCAGGUGUAACUCUCCAUAAAUGAAGUCUUGUUUCCACCACAGUCUGCCUGUUUUUCUUUGAAUUAGGACAUGUGAUGCUCACCAUUUCACUAGAAAGACACCUUUACAGGCAUCAAAUUUUAUACAGCUGUAAAACAUAAAUUACCUGGUAGGUGAUUGUCUAACAGAUCACCUCAGUUAUGGUCAGUGCCAGAAUAUCAAAAGUCAAUGUUACAGUACCUUUAAGACUGUCAGAUUUCAUAGGAUAAUCAGUAGAUAACCCCAAUUGUAUUUUGGAUAAUUUGGCUACAGUUUAAGGUCACAUCAUACUUGAGAUUGGAAACUGUAUAUACAGCAGGACAUAAUUUGAUUUCCAAAUAGCUCUUGUCAUAUACUGUUUUAAAUCUAAGAUUUUACUACUAGCUGUAAUGAAAUUAAGGUUGGAUUUACAGAAACCACAAGAUUGUGAUGAGUAUUUUGGGUGUGUUUAUGAAUUAUAACAUGAUUUUUCAUGAUCUGUAUUUUUAUAAAAAUAAACAUGUACACCAUUGUU